CGUUAGUCAAGACGAUCACACGAGCAAUAGUCGAGCUGGUGAACGUGUCAAAAAUCACUCCCCCUGCCUCCUGGUGCACCCUGGUAUCCCCUGAAUUAUGAGCAUUCUGGAGACAAUCUGUAGCGCCUGGAGUGAAAGAGCACAAUUUGUUGUUAAUAUUGAGAGAAUAAAAAAUUCAUUGGGAAAAAUUCAUACGAGAUGUGGAAAUUUCGGUGGAAAUUUUUUAGUGCUGCAAUGUGGGUUUUCCUGGUGAUACCGGGAUUCGGGGAUGGAUUUGGGAGAUACACCGAGAAGCAGAGGUACGAUGGGUGGUACAACAAUCUUGCGCAUCCGGAUUGGGGAUCCGUUGAGAGCAGAUUGAUAAGAAAAGUGCCGGCUGCUUAUUCCGACGGUGUGUACAUGAUGGCAGGCCAGUCCAGGGCAUCCCCCAGGAAGUUGAGUGACCUCUUCAUGCGUGGAGCUGAUGGAAUCGCCUCCGUCAAGAACAAAACCGCUCUCUUCGCCUUCUUCGGGCAACUAGUCACCGCUGAAAUAGUGAUGGCGAGUGAGAGUGGAUGUCCCCUGGAGCUGCACCGGAUCGACGUGGAGAGGUGUGACGGGAUGUUUGACAGGGAUUGUCAGGGUAACAAGUACAUUCCCUUUCUACGGGCAGACUACGACAGGAAGACGGGGCACAGUCCGAACAGUCCACGAGAGCAACUCAACAAGGUCACCAGCUGGAUCGACGGAAGUUUCGUUUACUCCAGCAGCGAGGCCUGGGCGAAUGCCAUGAGAUCAUUCGUCAACGGGAAUUUCCUCAUCGAGCCCAUCAAACAGCUACCGAUCAGGAACACCAUGAGAGCUCCACUCUUCAAUGAUGCUGUCCCCAGUGUCAUGAGGACGAUGCUCAGCCCCGAAAGACUCUUCCUGCUGGGAGAUCCUCGAUCGAAUCAGCAUCCGGCGCUCCUGGCGUUCGGUAUAAUCUUCUAUCGGUGGCACAACGUCAUCGCCUCGAGGGUGAAAAAACAGAAUCCGGAGAUGAUGGACGAGGAAAUUUUUCAGAGAGCGCGAAGAAUCGUUGUGGGUACGAUUCAGAAUAUAAUAAUGUACGAGUACCUGCCGGAGUUGCUCGGUGAAGAGCUUCCAGAGUACUCUGGGUACAAGCCAGAUCUUCAUCCUGGGAUAUCCCACAUAUUCCAGAGUGCAGCCUUUCGAUUCGGUCACACGAUGAUACCCCCAGGUAUCUACAGGCGUGACGAGUCAUGCAAUUAUCGUCAGACUCGUAGUGGAAAAUCUGCAAUCAGGUUAUGCACGACCUGGUGGAAUUCCAAUCAAGUCCUCUCGAAUUCAACUGUGGAGGAGCUGAUGAUGGGAAUGGCAUCGCAAAUUGCGGAGAGAGAGGACAAUCUCCUGAGCAAUGACAUAAGAAAUAAUUUGUUCGGUCCACUGGAGUUCUCGAGGCGCGACCUGGGGGCCCUGAAUAUCAUGAGGGGUCGAGACAAUGGUUUACCGGACUACAACACCGCCAGAAUGCACUUCAAACUCCCCAGGAGGAAUACCUGGAACGAGAUUAAUCCAGAGUUAUUCAACAAAAAUCCAGAGCUCCUCAGGAAACUCAUGGAAAUUCACUCGAACGAUCUCGAUAACAUCGACGUCUACAUCGGGGGAAUGCUUGAGUCGACCGAUGGACCUGGUGAACUCUUCUCGGCAGUUAUCAAGGAACAGUUCCUCAGACUGAGGGACUCUGAUCGAUUUUGGUUCGAGAACGCAGACAACGGGAUAUUCACCAGGAGUGAGAUCGAGGAAAUCCGGAGAGUGAAAUUGUGGGACGUCAUCACGAAUUCCACGACGAUCCGGCAAACGGCAAUUCAGAGGAAUCUCUUCGUCUGGAAGAAUGGUGAUCCUUGUCCCCAGCCUCACCAGCUCACCGGGGAGAUGCUCGACGCCUGCGUACCUCUCAGGAGAUACGACUACUUCGAGGGAAGUGAGUUGGCUUAUAUAUACGCCUGUGUCUGUCUCGGUUUUAUACCGAUUUUAUGCGCGGGUGCUGGUUAUGGCCUCGUCAAACUGCAGAAUCGUCGACGGAGGCGUUUAAAAAUCGUUCAAGAGGCGAUUAAAAAAAGGAGCGGUGGUGUUACGUCAAAUCCUCAAGGGAGGAUAUCCGUCGACAAGAUGAUUGUGCGAGAGUGGUUGCAUGCUAAUCAUAAACGCCUGGUGAAAUUGAAAUUCGGUCCAGAGGCUGCACUCCACAUCGUCGACAGAAAGGGUGAAAAUCUCCGUACCUUUGACUUCGCGGGGGUGAAGGUCGUCGCCGUCGAGGAGUCACAGGAGGACGAUGAUGGAAAGGCAAUGAUUCUCCUGAGAAUUCCACGUGAUUACGAUCUCGUCCUUGAGCUAGAUUCUCUCAGCUCUCGUGCCAAGUUUAUCGCUAAAUUGGAGACAUUUCUCACGUCUCAUAAAAAACACUUGUCGAUGGUUCAGACUAAUCGUGAUAUAAUGAUCGCCAAGGCGGAGACCAAGGAGAGGAGGCAAAAAAAAUUGGAGCAAUUCUUCAGGGAGGCGUACACCCUGACCUUUGGAUUGAGACCUGGUGAGAGACGACGGAGGAGAUCCGAGGAGAGCGAUGGGGGUGAAGUUGUCACUGUCAUGAGGACUUCACUGUCCAAGAGGGAAUUUGCCAGUGCCCUGGGGAUGAGGCCAGAUGCUGUUUUUGUUAAGAAGAUGUUUAAUAUUGUUGAUAAGGAUGGAGAUGGGAGGAUUUCAUUUCAGGAAUUUUUGGAUACAGUAUUAUUAUUCUCCCGGGGUAAAACCGAGGACAAAUUACGAAUAAUCUUUGACAUGUGCGAUAAGGACAGCAAUGGAGUAAUCGACAAAGAGGAGCUCUCGGAAAUGCUGCGUUCACUCGUGGAAAUAGCGAGGACUACAUCACUUUCCGACGAUCACGUAACCGAACUAAUUGACGGAAUGUUCCAGGACGCAGGAUUGGAGCGCAAGGAUUACCUGACGUACAACGAUUUCAAGCUGAUGAUGAAUGAGUACAAGGGUGACUUCGUGGCAAUCGGUUUGGACUGCAAGGGUGCAAAGCAGAAUUUCCUCGACACAUCGACAAAUGUCGCACGUAUGACGACAUUUCACAUCGAGCAACUGCCCCCAGAGGCGACCAAGAGUUGGUCACGGAGGCAGUGGAACGGCAUCUCCACGUUCCUGGAGGAGAACAGGCAGAAUAUAUUCUACUUGUUUCUAUUCUACGUCAUCACCAUCGCCCUCUUCGUCGAGAGAUUUAUCCAUUAUUCCUUCAUGACUGAGCACAUAGAUCUCCGUCACAUUAUGGGUGUGGGAAUAGCCAUAACUCGGGGCUCAGCAGCUGCUCUGUCCUUCUGCUACAGUCUCCUCCUCCUCACCAUGUCCAGGAAUUUACUGACGAAACUCAAGGAAUUCUCAAUUCAACAGUACAUCCCCCUGGACUCACACAUUCAGUUUCACAAGAUCGUUGCGUGCACUGCAUUAUUUUUCUCCGUUCUUCACAGCCUUGGGCACAUGGUGAAUUUUUAUCAUGUGUCCACUCAACCUGUCUCACAUCUACGCUGUUUAACCAGUGAAAUGAGUUUUCCAAGUGAUGCCAGGCUCACUAUUUCCUUCUGGCUAUUCCAGACCGUUACAGGUGUCACGGGAAUUCUCCUCGUCAUCGUCAUGACGAUAAUCUUCGUCUUCGCGCACCCUACGAUCAGGCAGAAGGCCUAUAAAUUUUUCUGGUCAACUCACAGUCUCUACAUCGUGCUCUAUGCCCUCUGUCUGAUUCAUGGACUAGCCAGGCUCACCGGAGAACCGAGAUUUUGGAUAUUCUUCAUUGGGCCCGCGAUCAUCUACUCUCUAGAUAAAGUCGUUAGCCUGAGAACGAAGUACAUGGCGCUGGACAUAAUAGAAACGGAACUUCUCCCUUCAGACGUGAUAAAAAUAAAAUUCUACCGCCCACCGAAUCUUAAGUAUCUCUCAGGGCAGUGGAUCAGGCUGGCGUGCACCGCUUUCAAGUCCAAUGAAUUUCACUCGUUCACACUGACAUCAGCACCCCAUGAGAAUUUUUUAUCCUGUCACAUCAAGGCCCAGGGCCCCUGGACGUGGAAGCUCCGUAAUUACUUUGAUCCCUGCAAUUACAGUCCUGAGCAUGAUCACCCUAAAAUCAGGAUCGAGGGACCUUUUGGUGGGGGUAAUCAGGACUGGUACAAGUUCGAGGUGGCAGUUAUGGUGGGUGGAGGUAUAGGGGUCACACCCUAUGCUUCGAUGCUCAAUGAUCUGGUCUUUGGGACCUCCACGAAUCGGUAUUCAGGGGUCGCCUGCAAAAAGGUUUAUUUUUUGUGGAUCUGUCCAUCCCACAAGCACUUCGAGUGGUUCAUCGACGUUCUCAGGGACGUGGAGAGGAAGGAUGUGACGGAUGUUCUCGAAAUCCACAUCUUCAUCACCCAAUUCUUCCAUAAAUUCGAUCUUCGCACCACAAUGCUCUACAUCUGUGAGAAUCACUUCCAAAGGCUAUCGAAGAAGAGUAUAUUCACAGGUCUGAAAGCGAUAAAUCAUUUCGGUCGUCCUGACAUGACGUCCUUUUUGAAAUUCGUCCAGAAGAAGCACAGCUAUGUCAGCAAAAUAGGUGUCUUCAGCUGUGGCCCUCGACCUCUGACCAAAAGCGUCAUGUCGGCCUGCGAUCAGGUGAACAAGGGCCGGAAGCUGCCAUAUUUCAUCCAUCACUUUGAAAAUUUUGGGUGAAACGAGUCAUCGAAUUGAUAAAAAUUUAUUUAAAAAUUGUAUAUAAACCUCUUUAAAUAGAUUUUAUACGAUAUUUGGUAUGGAAUGAAUU